AUGAAAUUAUACACUGCUCCAACUGGAAAUGGUCGCAAACCAUUAAUUUUUUUACAUAUUUUAGAUGUUCCUCAUGAAAUUCAUAUGUUUGAUUGGCCUACCAAAGAAAUCAAAAAGAAUUGGUAUUUGGAAUUGAAUCCUCAUGGACUAGUCCCAACCUUAGUAGAUGGUGAUGUAACAUUAUGCGAAAGUAAUGCUAUCUUGCAAUAUCUUGCUGAUAAGUAUGACACUGAUAAUAAGUUUAGUUACCCAAACAAUGACCCUUUGUAUUGGCAGCAAAUGCGAUGGUUAUUCUAUCAGUCAACCCAAUUCAGUGAUGCUUUGUCGAGACUACUCUUUUACAAAAAGUUUCGCAGCGACGACGAAUGGUUGGUCGACAAAGGAUUUGAACAAAUUGGCAAAGUUUAUCAAGUUUUGGAUUUGCAUUUGGCACAGAAUAAAUGGUUUGUUGGUGAUAAAUUCACAAUAGCCGACUUGGCAUUUGCUGUGGGGCAUUUCCGUCGUAUUGAAAAAACUACAGGGACCAAAUUUGAGAUUGAAAAUUUUGAACAGCAGUAUCCCCAUGUGACUCAAUGGUACUAUGACGUUUUGUCAAUUAAAGGUGUCAAAGAAGGAUUUGAAUUAAAAUGA